AUGGUCGCCAAGCUGCCGCCGUGCAAGGUGUGCGCGAAAGCAGACUCGGGCAAGUACACGUGCCCGACCGACCACGUUGCUUACUGCUCGGUCGUGUGCUACAAGAAGCACAAAGUCGACGGCUGCUUUUCGACCGCCGCGUACCAGCCUCCCGCCCGCCCUGUCGUCCCCGUCGCGAACGAGCCGCAAGAGGACGACGACCGACCUCGCAAGCGGCUCAAGAACCUGCACUGGCCCGCCGAGCCCGACCCGACGCUGUGGGACGACCCGCUCCAGCGAGACGAGGUCAAGCCGGUGCGGCACUCGGAGCUCGAGGCUGUCGCCACCUCGCCCGCCAUCCGCGCCCUGCUCGCCCAACCCUCGAUCCGCACGCCCCUCUCGCGCCUCCUCUCCCUCCCCCACCACCAGCGCACCGCCUCGCUGCGCGUCCUGCUCGGCCUCCCCGCCGAGCCCGCACCGGGCGUGUACCGCCCCGAGGGCGGCAAGCGCUUCGCGACCGCCGUACAGAGCGCAGAGGCCAUGCGCGAGGAGCGCUUGGGCAUGAGCUCGGCCGGCACAGGGGGCGCGAGGGGCGGGCGAGGUGGCGCGAGAGGUGGCGCACGAGGAGGGAGAGGCGGUGGGCGAGGUGGGGCGGCGGGAGGAGGAGGGCUGCGCGUCCUGCAGAGCACCGAGGAGGAGCGCAAGGAGGUCGAGCGGUUCGCGGCGCAGGUCGUCGACAUCCUCGAGGCCGUCAGGGGCGCAGCUCGGUAG